GCGAGCUGUCGUUAAAUGUGUUGUUACCAGUUUCUGUUUGUCUGUGAAACAUUUUAUCUAUGUGCGGGACAAACCCUACGUGCUCGGUUUAAAUCAGACCAGGUUUUAACUUUGAUCUGAGCUGAGGAAUAACUUGCAGCAGGAGAAAUGCCUUUUUGUUUGGUUGUUUUAUUUCUGAUAUGUCACUGUUCGGGAGCUGUUCCUCUUUUCCCACUAGAAGCCACCAUUGUUCAGAUCCAGCAGCGGGGAGUGGUUGGAGCUCAGCAAGUCACUGAACAAGUUCUUGUAAACGGCGUUUCUCUUGUAAAUCCAAGCGAGGAGGUGAAAAGCAUAGUUCAGAGCAUGUCAGCCGGUGCUCUCCUGACAGCUGUCAACAUAAACAAAACUUCGCCUCAAAUGGAGCACCGUGCCAUCCUUCGCUCUCGAGACUGCAUACAGGAGGGUCCUCGGCCCCACUGGACCGACCGCAUGUUUUAUGAUGGGAAGGUCUAUCUGAGUCUGGAGCACAACGACACCUGGACUGCCCACGUUCCACAGGCGAUGGCCCUUAAAGUGCUUUUGGACGAGCAAGUGGAGCGCACCAGGGCCGAGAGGGUCCGCCUGCAGGAGGGCUGCAUCCAGCUGAUGAAAAAACUGAGUCUUUCACAGGAACUGCCAGCUUCAUCAUCUGGUUUGGAUCCGAUUUUGAUCUUAAUCAUUGUUUUGGCUUUUCUGGGACUAAUCCUUUUAACCUUUUGUAUCUCUAAAAAUCUAGGUUCGAGGCACCCUGGAGGUGUCAUCGGUUCUAUUAUCCAUUACCCUCCCAAAUCAGAAGAUGAAGGAUUUAAAUGUUGCGAGUACAAUACUCUGUGAGACCAUGUGCCAUCUUGAAAACAUGUCCAAUCCUGUGUGAACCUGUGAUAUCAAAAACACUUUGUUUCAUCGUCAACAACUUAGKGAUUUAUUUUAGUCAGCUUCUACUAAGACAGAAAUCAAAAAGAUGGUGUACACCCUGUACAGUUCACGAGUUCAUCACAGGCCCAUGUAGAGACAAACAUUUACACUCUCACUCACACCUAUAGAUUACAGWUACCAGUUAAUCUGACAUGCAUGUUUUUGAUUCGUGGGAGAAAACUGAAGUAUGGGAAAAGCCCACAUGUGCACUCCAUCCAGAAAGGCUGGAAGGUGAUCCUGAAACCUUCUUGCUUUGAUCACUGCCCUGCUGUGAUUAAAAAAUAUAUAUGUAUGUAUAUAUAAAUAUGCUGCAAUACAAUUGUUGUGUCUGUAAUUUCCUUAUGUUUUCUGUUCAUGAAUGCUAUCAUUGUGAAUUUCUUCUGCUUUUUUGUUUAUUUUUUUAAAACAGGAAUGUGUAUUAUAUGCAAUUCAGAUGUCAGUAAUAAUGAUAUAGUGAUAAAAUAAACUGACAAAAAAUAUCAAAAUCUCUAAA